AUGCCGUUCUGCAUUCAUCAAGCUUCACAACGAAGAAAGCAUGCAGACAUUUGCACCCACCUACCGAGGAACUCUCCACCAUUCCUCUCGCGGCCUCAGGCCACAAAUUCCCUCCUGCCAAUCGAGUCACAUUCCAUUGCAGAGCAAGCUCUUCUCUCCCAACCAAAAAUAAUUAAACAUGCUGCCCUUAAUUCAACUACCCUGCAGCUCUUGCUUCUGUUCCCUGGGAAACCCAAAUCGCAGCAUCAAGAGCUCCAGGCACAAGCAGCAGCAGCAGAAGCAGCAGAAGCUGGUGGUGCCAAUUACAGACGACCGUGCUCAUGGUGUAAGGAUUCACCUAUAGCUCGCCGUCCAGUUCAGUUUCAUUUGCAAGAGAUCAGAAACAUGCUCUGCGAUGCCAGGAGCUCGUCGGAGUUGAUGCUGGCGAUCGACUGCGUUCAAAAGUUGGACGUCGAGCACCAUUUCGAGGAAGAGAUUGUAGCUGCGCUGGAAUCGUUGUACAUGGAGAGCUACGCAGAUCAGCUUCACCGGAGAGUGAAUACUCUGCAUGAAGCUGCCCUUUUGUUCCGUUUACUUCGACAGACUCGAUACCCUGUGUCAUCAGAUAUUUUUCUUAGGUUUACAGAUCACAAACGUGGUGAUUUCAUGCCAUCUCUCACAGGAGGAAGCCAUGGAAUUGUGAGCUUGCUCGAAGCAUCCUACUUGAACACCGGCGAGGGCAUUCUUUAUGAAGCCAAUAGAUUUGCUACUCACCACCUCAAUUCUUUGAUGCCACACUUUGCACCUCAUUUUGCCAAAUUUAUCCGGCAAACUUUAGCUCAUCCUUAUCAUGUGAGCUUGCAAAGUUACAGAGCUAGGCGAUUUCUGGUUAGCUUCGGAGGAGGGGAACAGGGAAGGAGGAAAAUAGUUGAGGAAUUUGCAAGGAGGGAUUUCAAGGAGGUUCAAUUGCUACACCUUCAAGAAUUGGAGCAAGUCACAAGGUUUUCAAUUUACUUGCACCUUGCUAGAGUUGUUGUUAUUGUUGUUCUCAUUCUCUUUGUGGUCUGUGCAGUUGGUGGGAGACUCGGUCUGGCGCGCAAACUAAAGUUUGCUCGAGAUCAACCGUCGAAAUGGUACACGUGGUCGAUGACGGUUCUUUCAAACCCUAAGUUCUCGAGCUAUCGAAUUGCGCUUACGAAAGUCAUUGCAUUUGUCUACCUCAUUGACGAUAUUUUCGAUGUGUAUGGAUCGUUGGAUGAACUCGAACUCUUCGCCAGAGCUAUGAACAAAUGGGAGUUAUCGGCGAAUAUCGAUCCACGUCCAUUUUGUAUGAAAAUAACCUACACCGCAUUGUUUGAGACGACAAAUGAGAUUGCACAAAUGAUAUACGAGGAACAUGGGUGGAAUCCAAUGGACUCUUUGAAAAAUGCGGAUGAAGAACAAGAUGGAAAAGAUGGCUCAUUCUUAGAGUGCUUCAUGAAGGAGAAUCCACAUUGCUCAUUUGAAGUCGCAAAGGAAGAAGUGAUGAGACUGAUUACUAAAGCAUGGGAGGAGCUAAAUAAAGAAAGCUUUAGCUCAUCGACCAAAUUUUCUCGAGAUUUCGUGAAAUGUUGUUUAAACACGGCGAGGAUGGUUAGGGUAAUGUAUAGUUAUAACGAGGAGCAUAAGCUUCCUAUGUUUGAGGACUACGUGAACUUGUUACUCAUUGAAAAUUUUUAA